AUGACGAAGGCAGGCGACGGCAGCACACGAUAUACAUGUCGUCAGGGGGCCGUUCUAGAGUAUCUCAACUGGCUCAAGUCAUUCCGAACAAAGAUGUAUCCGGCAACGCACAUCUGGGGAGGACAGCCCGGGCGGGGUCCCGAGAUAGCAACGCUGAAGCACUGUAAUACCAAGCAGCUGCCGAAGAACAUCUUCGUCUUUGACGGGCAGGUAGUCAUCAUCACCGACCGCGACAAGAGCAAAGGUCUGAGCGGCGGGACAGGCGGCCGCAAGGUGGCUCGCUUCUUGCCCGAGCGUCUGAGCCGAAUGAUGGUGGCAUACAUCGCGUGGCUGCUGCCGUUCGAGAAGGUGCUGCACCGGCUCGCCGGCAUCCGCGGACCGUCCGACUCGCUCGACCCGUGGAUCUGGAAGUCGGCCGAGAAGGGGAUAUAG